GCCGCUAUUACCUUGGCUUUCAGUCGAUCGCAGAUCGUGGCUGUGACAAGUUGCAUUUUGUAAUUUUAAAGGAACUCAAGAGGUUUGCGAUGCUGCUGCUACCUCUGUUUUUGCUGGCUUUUUCAUUGCGACCUAAACCCAAUGAAGCGGCUCAAAUUCUGGGCUUGUUCCAGCACCCCGGCAAGAGUCACUUUGACUUCUUUAGACCAAUUUUCUUGGCCUUGGCGGAAAGGGGUCACAACGUCAGCGUGUAUAGCUAUUUUCCACUGGAGAAACCAAAACCAAACUACACGGAUUACGUCUUCGAGGGAAUUCCAUUACUCACAGAUGUAGUUGAUUUAAAGAACUUUGAAAGGGAAUGGAAACCUUUUGGUCUGCCCUUCAAGAUACCCACCUACUUUAUGCUCCACGAUUGGGGUCUGCGAUCCUGUAAGGUGGCAUUGAACUCCCCUCUUAUCGCCCAGAUACUGGAGUCUCCCAUUCGAUACGACGUCAUCUUGCUGGAGCACUUCUCCAACGACUGCAUGGCAUCGGUGGCUCACCUGCUGAACGCACCUGUUAUCGCUCUGAGUAGCUGUGCGAUAAUGCCGUGGCAUUAUAAGCGAAUGGGCAGUCCGUUCAUUAACCCCAUCAUGCCCAUGAACUUCCUGCCCUACACAGAUGAAAUGGGUCCCAUUGAUCGAAUAAAUAAUUUCUUUCACUUUCACACCGUCAAUACUCUGUACAAUUUGAUUACCCAACCAGCCACCGAUGCGCUGAUUGCUCAGAGAUUCGGACCCGGACUGCCCUCGAUCAAUGAGAUCGUAAAGAACACCAGUCUGAUGCUGAUCAAUCAGUAUUAUGCCUUAACCGGUCCACGCCCCUAUGCCCCAAAUGUCGUGGAAGUGGGCGGGUUGCAAGUGGGACCCCUAAAACCGCUGCCAAAACAUCUUUUAGAGCUCUUAGAUCGGUCCCCCAAUGGAAUCAUUUAUAUAAGUUGGGGAUCAAUGGUCAAUGCUAAUACACUACCUUCAGCCAAAAGAGAUGCCCUUUUCCAAAGUAUUUCCCAGCUGAAGGAGUACAACUUUGUGAUGCGUUGGAAGAGUGAAAAGAUUCUGGAUAAUGAAAAGCCAUCCAAUCUUUAUACCUUUGAUUGGUUGCCUCAAAGAGAUUUAUUGUGUCAUCCGAAGGUGAAGAGUUUUAUAUCCCACGGAGGACUUUUGGGAACCACGGAGGCGGUUCAUUGUGGUGUUCCCAUGCUGGUGACUCCCUUCUAUGGGGAUCAGUUUCUAAAUGCUGGCGCCAUCAAACAGAGGGGCUUCGGAGUGAUCGUUAGUUUCAGUGAUUUUGAUACGGAUCACAUAACCAAGGGACUGCGAAUAAUACUUGAUAAGGGAUUUUCCGAGAACGUGCGCCGCUCCACCGAAGCCUUUCGUCAACGUCCCAUCCCCCCUCUUGAAUUAGCGAUCUGGUGGAUCGAGUAUGUGAUUAUCGGGGGAGCUCCCCACAUGCAAAAUGAAGCCAGACAUAUCAACUGGAUCGUCUACAACUCGAUCGAUGUUUACCUGUUCUGGCUGGGAAUCGUAUGGCUGCUGAUUGUCGCCUUCUGGAAGCUCAUUAAGAAGACAAAGUCCGCUUUUGGUCGGGGAAAAAUCUCGGGACAAACAAAAACAAAACAACAAUAAAUAAUUAGUUCAAUGAACUAAGCAUGCAAGAGAACAUAUUUAAUUUUUGAUAUCAUUCAUUAUUUUGUAAAUAGAGAGCUUAUGAAAUGACUUUCAAAUAAGGUUGAUCCUAACACCAUUAAUUUAAAACCCCAUUAAAAUGUCACGAAAACAUGCAAUCGUUUAACUAAUUCAUUGAAAACUGUGUGGUCUAUGCAUAAUUAAAUUGUAUCUGUGUAUAUCAUUAAAGUUACAUAAUGGAGCUUUCGGUGAAUGAAAAGUUCAAUAAACCUAAACUGAUACUGAGAA